AUGGCCACUGCAGAGAAGAAGAAAGAAGAACAACAACCUGCCAUUCAACCGGACGAGUACUCGGAUGGCGAUUACGAUACAGAUGACUAUGCAUUGUCCGAAGACGAGCAGGAUCAGAAACCCCAGCGUCCGAACCAACAGCAAGCUCGACGACGCCAACAACAGCAACGCAAGCGUCAAAACGACGAGUAUGACGACGAAAGUGACUAUCUUUCCGACGAAUACGAUGACGAUGACUAUGACGAUGCGGAUCAGGGCAAUGCAAUGCAGCCAUAUAAGCGCGGCACCCAGUCCUUAACACAGGGCACAAUCACAAAUGGAGCCAUGACGGACGCUCCAGGACAAGGGAAGAACGAUGACGAGCAGGAAGGCCUCAAACUGAAACUAGAGCUAAACCUCGACAUCGAGGUAGAACUCAAAGCCCACAUUCACGGAGACUUGACACUGUCGUUGCUGUAA